ACGUCGAACACUUCGCAGUGAAUAGUCAUCGAAUUCCCAAUAAUUGUUUAUUCGAGCGGGCAAUCUUUUGACAUUGAUAAUGUGCUCCAACGGCGACGCGACCGAUGCCCACCUACAGGCCCGAGCGCCAGCAAUCGACAUAAAGCAGAAGCCCAGCGAGACGGUGCCCCCAUCACCCACAAUGCAGCCGCUGACAAUGCGUCGCAACGUGAGCGGCGACAGCCUGCUGAUUCCGUCCGCCUCGAAGGAAGCGCGCGUUCGCGUUAUCUAUACGGGCGGCACCAUCGGAAUGAUGCGCAACGAACGGCAUGUCUUGGCGCCCAUUCCGAAUGCUUUGGUUCGACUGAUUCGCAAAUAUCCGAAUAUUCACGAUGAGGAUUAUGCGCAGCGACACUUUGGCGCCUCCUUGGGCGCCUCCUUAGGGCCGCUGGUGCUGCCGUACGUGCAGGGCGAGGCGAGGAGAAUCGUCUACCAGGUGACGGAAUAUUCGCCGCUGCUCGACUCCAGCAACAUGACCAUGGAUGAUUGGGCGCGCAUUGCCAAGGAUAUUUACCAAUCGUACGAGUUCUUCGAUGGCUUCGUGGUGCUCCACGGCACAGACACGCUCUCGUACACGGCCUCGGCUCUGUCGUUCAUGCUGGAGAACCUGGGCAAGACGGUGAUCAUAACGGGCAGCCAGCUGCCGAUCUUCGAGACCCGAACGGAUGGCAAGGAUAACUUCACCUCGGCGCUGAUCAUUGCCGGCAACUAUGUGAUACCGGAGGUGUGCAUCUUCUUUGGGAACAAGCUGCUGCGCGGCAAUCGCACUGUGAAGGUCAGCUCCAACUCGCUGGACGCGUUCGAUUCACCCAAUGUGCCGCCGUUGGCGCAGAUCGGCAUCAAUGUGAACGUGGACUAUCGCCUGAUCUUCCGGCCGUGCACCGUCGAGCGCUUCUGCGUGCACUCGCAGCUGGACGUGAAUGUCGGCUUGUUGCGCAUCUUUCCCAGCAUUUCGCUGGCCACGUUUCGCGCCUUCUUGGCGCCGCCGAUGCGCGGCGUGGUGCUGCAGUCCUUUGGCUCCGGCAAUGUACCAUCGAAUCGCAAGGAUCUGAUCGACGAGCUGAAAGCGGCCGCCGCUCGCGGCGUCAUCAUCAUCAACUGCACCCAGUGUCCAAAUGGCUCGGUUGCCGAGAUCUAUGAUACCGGCAAGGUGCUGUUCGAUGUGGGCGUCAUACCCGGAUACGAUAUGACACCAGAGGCGGCGCUCACCAAGCUGGCCUACGUGAUUGGCAAGUCCGAGUGGUCGCUCGAGGUGAAGAAGCAGAUGAUGCAGACGAAUCUGCGCGGCGAGCUGACUUCCAUGGGCGCGCACUCAAUGAAGGACUACGACCUGGUCGAUGCAGUGGCUCGUUCGCUGCAUCUGUCGUCGCCGCAGGAGCUCGAUCAAUUGGGCAACACGCUCUUCCCGGCCAUGAUCAAUGCCGCCGUCAUGGAGGGUGACAUCAAGAAACUGACGAGCCUGAAAGCCUAUGGCGCCAAUCUCUCUGGCACCAAUCAUGACCAGCGCACGGCGCUCCAUCUGGCAUGCCAGCUGGGCGACGUGGCCGUAGUGCAGUUCCUGUUGCAGAACGGCGUCUCGGUGCACGAGCGGGAUCUGUGCGAGCGCACGGCCUUGCAUGAAGCCAUCUCGGCGGACAAUGCAGAGAUCAUUCAGUUGCUCAUCAAUUGUGGCGCCCACUUGACUGGAUCCUCGCGUGCCAUGGGCGAGCAGCUGUGCGCCGCUGCAGCUCGUGGUGCACUGCGUCGCCUGCAAUCCUAUCAGCGAGCCGGCGCCGAUUUAAGUUUGCCGGAUCCCUCGGGACGCACAGCAUUGCAUGUGGCUGCUCUCCAUGGCAAUGUGAGAGUGGUGAAGUACCUUCUGGAAAAUACGGAGAAAGCUGAGUUAAAGGAUUUGAUUGGGCUGACGCCGUUGGACUAUGCCACACGUGGCGGCCAUGCAGAGGUUGUGCGUCUGCUAAAGCCCGACGAGGCAGAGACGGUGUCGGAGCCGGAUACUUAACAGUGUGUUCUUCCUGCUGCUGCUGCUGCUGCUGCUGCUCAUGGUUAUUACUUAAAGUUUCUUCAAUCACAUCUGUGUAUGUAUGUAUGCACGUACACAUAUAACUAAAUCGCUUGUAUUGCGCGCACCUA